AUGAGCGCAAUAGGUUCAAGCGAUUUUUCUAUUAACGUGCUACGUGCGUGGUGCAAAAAACUGGGCCUGCCAACUCAUGGCAAUAAAAGUUCGUUGGCUGCGCGCAUAAACGAAGUAGAUUACGCCGUUCGCGGAUGUUGUCCGCGUGAUCUCGACAUAGCGGGAAUAGAAAAUUCUAGCGACUUCGAAAGCGAAGCUACAAAUGAGGAGCAACAACAAUGCGCAAGUACGCAUACUAAUAACACGACAAGUGUAGCGACAAAUGAAGAGACUAAUGAAGAGCAACAACAGUGCGCAAACGCAAUCACAAACGAUAAGGCAUUCAAAAGGGAAAAGCAGCAGACAAAUGAAACGCAACAAUCGUGCGCAAACUCAAUUGUAAACGAUAAGACAGACAAAAACGAAAAGGGGCAGACAAAUGAAAAGCAACAGCAUUGCGCAAACGAAUCUACGAAUGAUGAGACACACAAAAAUUUAAAGGAGCAAACAAACAAAGUAACGAGCGAAACUGAAAUUUUAAAGCGACAGAAAAAUGAUAACGAGUGCAUGCACGAAGUGACAGAUAACUUAGCUUGCGGUACGGCACAACAAAAAAUGCAACCAUUCGACGGUCGUAAACAAAGCGAAUGUAUCGAAGCAAAUGAAAAACACAAUAGACGAAAUAAUUUCACAAACGAAAGCGAAAGUCAACAAGCAGCAUACGAGAUGAUGAAAGAUUCUUCCAACACUAGCUCAGCAAACAAAGAAAUCAAUUUUAUACAAAAAGAGUUAGAACUACUACGAUUCGAAAGAGAGUUACUGCGUCGAGAGAACGAACUUCUAAAAAUGAAAGAAACGGCGCCAUCAGCGAAAACCGCAGCUAAAGAAGAUGUUAUUCCCUUCAACUGUUUAAAAGAAUUUUUUCCUGACUACGACGGGGAAACGAAUGUAAAUGUGUGGCUCGCCCAAGUAGAGGGUAUUAAAAGAUCGUAUGAUUUGUGCGAAAACAAAGUGCGCGCAUUAGUAUACGGAAAAUUAAAAGGUAAAGCACUAAUAUGGCUGCACUCUAAGCCAGAAUUCGCAACUGAACCUGUCGACUAUCUGCUUUCGGUCAUCAAAAAAGUUUUCGCGUCAAAAGAAAGUGCUAUCUUUUUACGGCAAAAGUUUGAAACACGCAAAUGGCGCGUCGGAGAAACAUUUUCCGAGUACUUUAAUGAGAAGACAAUGCUAGCAAAUGGUAUUCAUAUUCCAGAGAACGAGCUAAUUGAUUACAUCGUUCACGGAAUACCUGAUCGCCAGUUACGUAUAAGCGCAAACAUGCAAUGCUUUAAAAACACAGACGACUUGCUGUCAGCAUUCACCAACAUCACCCUUCAACGUCAAACUGCGCAUCCGAUGGACCGUGGUGCAAGCAGUGCUGUGAAAAACGAGAGGCCAGUUGGGCGGUGCUACAAUUGCAACUGCUUAGGCCACAUCGCUUCAGAAUGCAGAAAAUCAAUUCGUGUGGACGGCGCUUGUUUUGCUUGUGGUGAACUGGGACAUCGUGCUGCGGACUGCCGGCUCAACAAGAAGAAGACUGAUGCCGUUGCGAAGAACUGUGACUAUAAUGCCUCAUAGACUCGGGUAGCCCAGUCAGCAUCAUUAAAAGAUCAUUAAUUCCAGGCCACAUUGAAGUAAAGGCUGC